GCUCGAAUGAGCUGGUAUCAGUCAGGGAGUCAGUGAGCCGCGGUGCUGCGGAGAGACACACAGGGUGGUGGAGGUCGCUCAUCUCGGACGGUCUUUAUGAGAAGCUACAUCACCGUGGAUUUAACAAUUAUCGGUUUUAUAUAUAUAAAAAAAAAUAAUAAUAAAAGAGCGGAUAAAGCGAGGAAGGUUCUCCAGGGACUGAGAGAAGCCCUGCGACUACUUGGUGGCUUCUGGUCUCCCGUUUCAUCCUCUUCGCCGAGAUGGGGAACAGAUUAUCAGAACCCCACACCAUUUUCCCGGGACUACCGUCUUUCCAGUCCCUCCACAUUGUCAUUCUCGGACUAGACUGUGCUGGCAAGACGACGGUGUUGUACAGACUGCGCUUCAACGAGUUCGUGAACACGGUCCCGACUAAAGGUUUUAACACCGAGAAGAUCAAACUGGUGCUGGGAACUAAAAGCCGGACGGCAGCCUUCCACUUUUGGGACGUAGGCGGUCAGGAGAAGCUGCGGCCUCUGUGGCGAUCGUACACGCGCUGCGCUGACGGCCUCGUGUUCGUGGUGGACUCUGUCGACUCCGAGCGCAUGGAGGAGGCCAAAACAGAGCUGCACAAGAUCACGAGGCUGCAGGAGAACCAAGGUGUUCCCGUGCUGGUGCUGGCGAACAAGCAGGACCUGCGUAGCGCUCUGCCGCUGGGAGAACUGGAAAGGCUGUUGGCGCUUAAUGAACUCGGUUCACAUACGCCCUGGCAUCUCCAGCCAGCUUGUGCCAUCAUUGGAGAGGGCCUACAGGAGGGUGUGGAGCGUCUGCACGGCAUGAUUAGCAAGAGGAGGAAGAUGAUGAGACAGCAGAAGAAGAAGAGAUGAGUGAGAGGGGUUUGUCAGGUUCACUCGUCUUGUGAUUACAUGCCUCCUGUCACUGUGCACUGGUGGAUUCAUUGAUUUCGCUGGUUGAGUUUUAUCAGCCUGAUUGAUGCAGCUGGAGAGAUACAGUUUAAAGAACUGUUGCUUAACCACUGUACACUAUUGAUUUGUCACCCUGUUCAUGAAAGGGUGUGUCAGAUGACAUCACAGGACCUUUUUAUACUACUUCAGUGGACAUAACAUUCAUUGGUUUGUUAUGAAGAUGAACACUGGAGAAAUCUCAUGGAUCUUCUAGGCUGUUUGAUGUUCCUUGACCUCCAGUGUUAAAUAUCCUGUGAGCCACAUGCGAACUAAUGAAGUGAAAAGAUAGAUUACCAAAGCCCCAGUGAAGUGUUAUAAAAUAUAAAAUGUGCACGUUAGUGGUGAUCUUUCACAUUUGUUCAUGUGAUAAACACAAGCCUUUUUUUUAUUGGACCAUUGUUGCACAAGAGAGGUGGGGUUGUAAGGAGAACCAGGAUAAGCUUUAUGCGUCACUACUUGGGAAACACACAGAUGUUAUCGUAGAGUAUAACGUCAGAGAACUGGGUACUUCAUCAGCCAAAAUACAAAGUCCUGCGCGAUCAGGUGUGUUGUUUAAAGCUUCAGCAUUGAUAGCAGGAUGUCUCCCAGGGUUCCUAACGUUUCCCUGUCUUCACGAUCGAAGUGGAAUGGUGGUGUUAUUUGUAGUACUAAACACCAUGUGUGCUUCCCUCUACAUUUCAAUGCACUUUAGCAAACCCUUUUUGUAGGCUAUGAACAUUAGAUUUUGUAUUAAAAACCUAUGAUGUUGCUUCAAUUGAAGCAUUUUAUAAGUCCUAAGUUGUUCCAUGUUCAGGUGUGUCAUUUUGUCACUCAGUGUGUAUGUGUGUGAUUGAGGGCUUUGUAUGUGUCAAAAGUUAUAUGCCUUGAAUAAAACAACAAAUUCAAUCAAGAAACUUUAA